AACAACAGAAACUAAGAAUCUAAGACGUAGAGACGAAUUGUAUGGGUUUUUUUUAAUUUUGAAAAAAAAAAAGCAAACCAACCAUCCCAUGAGCUGUGAAACAGAUAUAUACGCCUGAAAAUGAUGGUGCAUUAUGAGACCCCUAUCAACAAUGAGUCGGAUGAUGAAGAUGUUGAGCUGUCGAGAACGGAGCUGGUUUAUUCACAACUGUACGCCAGAGGUCCCAAGUGGCCACGAGUCAUUGGGGUUGUAGAGAUCAUAGCUGGGUUUAUUAUAACUAUACUAGGUGUGACAGAAGUAUUCAUUCUGCCAUUACUGGAGAGUCGUGGCUCUGAGAAUCUCAUUGUCUUUGAAAAAGAAAAUUGUUUUGGUGUUUCCAUACUUGCAGGGCUUACUAUGGUUCUAACGGGUAGUACAGUGAUAAGGGCCACUAUGUCCAGGAGAGAUACUACAGUUGUAAGGUUUUUCAACUUGACAAUUUUAUGUCUUCUUGUGUAUGCUGGGCUUACACUAUUUCUUGUGACUGCUUAUGCCAAAGGCUGGACAACGGUAGACCAUUAUCAGCCUGGCAGCAGAAUUGCAGAAGUUCAUUUCUUCGUCACAGUGUUCUCAAUUCUAGGGCUGAUAUUCGCAGUGACUGGAUUUGUCCAGUAUUUCAGUGUCAUUUGCUGCGGGCCAACCCCUGUGUGGCUGCCCUGGGUUCAGUUUUGUUGUGGAUGUUGUUAUAACCGGUAUCAGGUCAUUCACCUCAGAUAAACAGAGAUGGCGCAUGAUGUCGCUGGAUGACUCUUUAAGAGAAGAAUUCAUUUCCAACAAUGAACCAAUAUAGCUUGAAUACUAAAGUCAGUGAGCUUUUUAAAAUGUUUGGAUCUACUGUGGUUGAACACAUCCCAUCUUUAUAUUUUACCAGAAUAAUUCCUGAUAUUAUUAAACAUAAAUAUGUUUAAAAUUGUAAAAAGUACUGUAUCAAAAUUUCUGACAUGACAAUAUUAUAUAUUGUUAUACAAAAGUUGUUGAAUUUUAUACACAUGCUUCCAUUGUAGAGUACUCUGAUUAUAAUAAUUUAUUAAUUUAUGCAAUAAGCAUAUAGAAUUAAAUAAUUCAGCAUUUUUGCAGUCAAUUAAACAUUGCUAUAGCUAUAUAUUUUGGGCUCCUACAUUUAAUGAUGUAUUAGCCUUGACUACCUAAUCAGUCAAUAAUUUGAUUUAAAGAUACUUAGUUGUAUUCAUUACUAAUCUUUUAACCAUGCCAUAUUGGUUUUAUUGUGAUUACAAAUACAGUGUUUCUUUCUAGCCUUAAUAAUUUCCAUAAAAUAGUAUUGAAUUUCUUAUGAAUACAGUGUUUCUUCAUUACUUUAUGUACUGUGGACUGUUCAUUCAAAAAUACUAUUGAAAAUAUAGGAAUUUUUUAUUUGCUAGAUCCUGGGGUAUAGUGCCAAAAAAAUAGUUGCACCUACCUAAUCCUAAUGUACAGCAAUUUAUAGAUUUGAUGAAUUUGUAUUUUAAAUUUAAAAGAUACAUGAAAAAUAUAAAAACUAGCUUUAUAAGAAAUUAUACAUCAUAAAUUCCAUUUAUAGAAAAAAGCUCUAUAUUAUAUUUAAAGUAAGUGGUGUAUUUAUUCAUGCACAAAGAGAACUGUUUGUAGCCGAAGUAGUGGAAGUUUCGUCUGCUGCAAAAAAUUCUAGCUAAUAAGUGUUAUAACUACUAUAAUGUCCUUACUUUACCGAUAUUCACUAUUCUAGGGUUUACUGUAAAAUGGAACAGAACACUAUAAAUAAGUGAGGAACACUGUAUCUCGUUACAAAUAAAUGUAGUUAAGAGAGUUAUUUACCCUUGGAUUAGUGCUGCUAUACCACAUUGUUAUAGCUAGUCUAAAUUGAAAGUUUGGUAUAUUUGUAUUAUGGACAUACCAGUAAUAUGAUGAGACAUCAUGUGACUACAGCUAUACAGAGCUGAAUUAUUGUAAGGGCUGUUUGUUUUAUUACUGUUUGCUGUGAAUGUAAUUUUUUAAAUUUACUUGGUAAUUCAUUGUUCAGUCUUAUGAAAUGUCUAGAAAAAUAAUCAGAAUCUAUUGUUUCAUAACAUUUUUCGUUUUAAUUGUUGUGAACAUAUAAUUUUGAUGAUUAUAAAACAGAUGACAGCUUAGUUGUGUUUUAAAAAUUGUUGAUAUUAUAGAAGUUUUUCUUGUGUGUACUUGAUUAUGUUUUUGAAUUUUUAAUCUAACAUCAUUAAUACUGAAUUAGCUAUUAUUUUUCAACCACAGAGCUCAAAAUUUGCAUUAAUUUUAUCUCCAAACUGAAAUGUGUUCUUUUAACAACAAAACUUUGACACAAAUUUUGCUCUUGUAGCUCACAAUUACAGUCAACACAAAUAUCAACACCACCAGUCAUCUUGUUCUGUUUCAUCUGAACUGAUCAUUUCAUUAUGUACCACCUGAAAUAGUGGCUGAUUCAAUUUUUCAUUUUUUUUUACCUCUGUCAGAUAAAAUUGUUAUGGUCAAAAUAAAAUUGAAUACUACAAAUUAUAAAUGAAACCUGUGAUUUUGAUUUAAAAAUUUUUUGCCUCGUGAUCAAGGGUUUUUACUCUUCGUUAAUACACUAUGUACAUAAGUUUGCUUGUUUCUAAAUGCUAAUACGGUUAACUGGAAAAAAGUAAAUAUUUAAAAAAAAUAUAUUCCCAUUAGUCUAAAACUGAUUUGUAUUACUAUA